UUCGUAGUCCGGUAAUGGCAGUUGAGACUAAUAACGUGGAGAGUGGCAAUUUCCUAGCCUUCUAUUAAUUCAUUUGUGAUUACAUUUUUGACGCAUGUGUUACAGGCACCCGGUGUUUUCUGCCGGGGCAAAGAGGAAGGUCUCCAGGGCGGUAUAGGGUGACCUGUGCACACCGCCAUGGAGGUGGAGGGCAGCGCGGGCACCCCGGCCGGCCAGUGGUCGCACCUGCAGCGGCUGCUGACGCGGUCCGGCCCGCUGGCGCACCCGGAGUUCCAGCCGUCGGCCGAGAUCCUCGAGCUGCUGCGCGACACUCUGCGCGUGCUGGUGGUCGGCGCCGGCGGGCUCGGUUGCGAGCUGCUCAAGGACCUGGCGCUCAUGGGCUUCGGCUCCAUCGACGUCAUCGACAUGGACACGAUCGACCUGUCCAACCUGAACCGGCAGUUCCUGUUCCGUCAGCAGGACGUGGGUCGGCCCAAGGCGGUGGUGGCGGCCGAGUUCAUUCACGGCCGCGUGCCAGGCUGCACGGUCACGCCGCACUUCUGCAAGAUCCAGGACUACGACGAGGUGUUCUACCGCCAGUUCCACGUGGUCGUCUGUGGCCUGGACUCGAUCUUGGCGCGCCGCUGGAUUAACGGUAUGCUGGUGUCUCUGCUGCGGUACGAGGAGGACGGCUCGUUGGACCAGGGCUCUGUCAUUCCGCUGGUGGACGGCGGCACGGAGGGCUUCAAGGGCAACGCCCGGGUCAUCCUGCCGGGCAUGUCGGCCUGCAUCGAAUGCACGCUCGACCUCUUCCCCCCGCAGCACAACUUCCCGCUGUGCACGAUCGCUCACACGCCGCGGCUGCCGGAGCAUUGCGUCGAGUACGUGCGCCUGCUGCUCUGGCCCAAGGAGAACCCGUGGGGCGAGGGUGCCUCCAUCGACGGCGACGACCCGGCCCACCUGGCCUGGAUCCUGGAGCGGGCGCAGGAGCGCGCCGCCGAGUACGGCAUCGUCGGCGUCGACUACCGGCUAACGCAGGGCGUGGUGAAGCGCAUCAUCCCGGCGGUGGCGUCCACCAACGCCGUGAUCGCCGCAGCCUGCGCCACAGAGGUGUUCAAGCUGGCCACCAGCUGUGCCGCGCCCAUGAACAACUACAUGGUCUUCAACGACGUCGACGGCAUCUACACGUACACCUACGAGCAGGAGAGAAACGAGGCGUGCACGGCCUGCAGCCAGCGGCCGGCGCCGCUCGCCUUCCCGUCGGACGCGCGGCUCGAGACCGUGCUCGAGCACCUGCGCACGGCGCCCCAGUACCAGAUGAAGUCGCCCGGCGUGACCACCGCCGCCGCCGACGGACGCAAUCGCACCCUCUACAUGGCCACCGUGCCCAGCAUAGAGCAGCGCACCCGACCCAACCUGAAGAAGACGCUGUCUGAGCUGGGUCUGACCUCGGGCCAGGAGCUGGCGGUGGCUGAUGUCACCACGCCCAACACGGUCCUCUUCCGACUGGAGCUCUCCGACGUGUGACGUCACCGGGAGACGGCGGCGCACGGGGACGGCCAGUGUGACGUCACCACGCCCAACACGUUUCUCUUCCGGCUGGAACUCUCCGACAUGCGACGUCAGUGGGAGACGGCGGCGCACGGAGGCGGCCAGUCAGUGUGGCGUCGCUGGGAGACGCCAUGGCUCCGGCGCCCGACGGUCCCGAGCCAGUGGCGGGCACACGGAUCGCCGUCGCGUCAGUAUGUCAUAGCUGUGUCACGUGACCUUCAUGGGACUCAAAUGUCUGUCGUUGUGACGUCGCCUCAGCAGGUGGCUGGGCAUCCAGGUGAUAGUAUGCUGUUGAGGUCGUUGAGCCCGGAGAGUCGCGGGACGGGUGACGUCAUCGGGAUAUCAGAGGCGCUAUGUUGAAGGGAGGCAUUGGCCUCUGAAUGACGUCACUGCCUGUGCUGACGUCACCGUGUGAAGAGUCGGUUGGUCCAAGGUGUGAAAUAGUGCAUGUGUAGCAACGAUGGCUGUAUUUUGACGGCAUUUUCGUCAGUACAGGACAGGUGGCGCGUUGUUAAGAUUGCUGUCCAAUGUUUGGUGAAACAAUAUACAUCGCGACCGGCAA